UAUGGUAAAUAAAAACAAUAUAUCUGCAGUCUGUGACAUCACUUCCUGUUUACAUGUGCUGCAGGUACAAUGCCAGAGAGUUCUACGAGCGUCUGCCGGAGCUCAAACUGGCCGUGGAUCAGAUCCAGAGCGGCUUCUUCAGUCCCAAUGAACCUCAGCUGUUCACAGACCUGGUCGACAUGCUGAUAAACCACGACAGGUUCAAAGUGUUCGCCGAUUACGAAGACUACAUCCGGUGUCAGGAGAGAGUCAGCGAGUUGUACAAGAACCCCAAAGAGUGGACCAGGAUGGUGAUCCGGAACAUCGCCGCCUCCGGAAAGUUCUCCAGCGAUCGGACCAUCUCUCAGUACGCCCGUGAGAUCUGGGGAGUCGAACCGUCCGACGUGAAGAUCCCGGCGCCCAACAAACCGCUCGAGCUGCGUGAGUGAGGAGCGGGAUCCGGAUGAAACCUAAACAUCUAAUCACAAUCAGGAAGGAUCGAUUCACCCCGAAACAUUGAUUUCCAUUUUCUUUCUUUAGUUUACCACCCUCAUCUCAGUCACACCACUUAGCGUAGCCAGCAGCUACAUGUUGCUACAUGCAGCUAACGGUUAAAAUUUAACUCCAAAAAACAUUUUAUACAUUCACACCAGUAUUUAGCACACGUCCUCGUUCAUUAGUUUCUCUUUUCUACGGUUAUCAGAAAAAACCCUGACUCAGUAGACGUCAAUGGAAUUUAAUGGAAGUGAGGGAGUGGGUCAUUGGUUUUUGACCCUCCAUUGACUUGUAUAGAAACGUAAAGUAUUCACAGCUUGAGGUCAAUAUCUAUUCCACUGAUGCAGAAAUGCUUAAGCCCACAAAAAAACGUUUGCCGUUGACUUUCAGAUAACCUAUAACAUUACUAUAUGUGUGGAGGUCUAAACAUUAACGAUUUGUACUUUACACUGAUAUAAGUUGUCGAAUUGUAAAGUAGUCAGACACAAAAACAACCACAUUAACAUUUGUAGUAAGUUUUACAGGCGUUUUGUUGCCAUAUCAUUUGUUUCUUUUUUUUUUU